AUGGCGUCACAGGUACAAACCGGUGUCUUCCAAACCAUCGAGACGGUCGACAAAAACAAAAUCAUUAUCAGAGAUGAGCUUUACGGAGAGCAUGUCAUAGCCGAGCCCGUGCUCAUAGAACUCCUCCAAAGCCCAGAGCUGUCGCGUCUAAAAGGCGUCUGUCAACAUGGAGUAACAGGUCUCCUUGGCUUUGGCCCCAAAGUCACCCGCUUCGAGCACUCAGUCGGUGCAUUCUUGCUCGUACGAAAGGUCGGCGCAAGUGUUGAGGAGCAGGUGGCUGCCCUUCUGCAUGAUAUCAGCCAUACUAGUCUCAGUCAUGUUGUCGAUUACGCGUUGUCUCAGCCCGGAGAAGACAGUUACCACGAGGUCCACAAGUCUCGAUAUCUGAAGACUACUCAACUACCUCAGAUUCUCACUCGACAUGACUUUGGAGAUCUCAAAGCCCUUGACGAGGAACUAUUCCCGUUGGUAGAACAGCCGUCGCCUCAUUUGUGUGCCGACCGGCUGGACUACUCGCUCCGUGACUCACUCGCUUUUGGAAAAUUCAGUCUGAAGAAGAUUCACCAGGUCUUUGAUUCAUUGAAGGCAGCUCCAGAUCCCACCUCUUCCAAUCGUCUACUUGUCUUGGAUAACCCCCAGCUCGCAUUAGCUCUUGCUCGCGCGUACCUGGCCACCGAUCGAGACGUCUGGUCAAAUCGAUCGCAUGCAAAUAUUUACAAGAGGACAGGCCGAGUUAUCAAAGAGUUGGUUGAAUCCGGGCGCGUUAAGGAAGAAGCACUCUGGACUCUAUCAGACGCUGAUUUUUGGGUCUUGAUGCGCCAGGAGGCAACCCCGGAGAUUCUGAGUGAAUUGGAUAGGCUCGAGACAGAAGGCCUACCUGACGAGAACAGGCUACGGCUUCCUCGAGAAACCAGGAUUAGAUCGUUGGAUCCAGAUAUCUGCCAAGGCACUCAAGGUGAGCCCUUGCCUUUGUCGGUCGUUCUUCCCGAGUGGGCUGCCGAGCGCCAGCAGUACAUUCUUAGCCGUGAAUCAACAAGAGAAUAG